AUGUGGCGACGAACAUAUCUCCUACUAUUGCUGAUUCGCGUGUACUUUGCGCUAUCACCCAGCUAUCUACACCCAGAUGAGAACUUCCAGGGCCCAGAAGUAUUUGCAGGUCGCAUACUCUCUUAUCCCUCUAAGCUACCAUGGGAAUUUACGGUAGACAAUCCUAUCCGCAGUAUUUUCCCACUAUGGGCGACAUACGAGUUACCCAUGAGCCUCUUGCAAUGGUUCUACACUGAGAUCGGGUCCGGCAGCCCACCACCAGAACAGGUCUAUUACUUGCUGCGUGGUGUGAUGUUUCUCUUGAGUUUUGUGCUGGAAGAUUGGGCGAUCUACGAACUCAUGCCUUCCCCGCGCCACCGCCGCGCAACAGUCGUUCUGGUGGCCUCGUCCUAUGUCACCUGGACAUAUCAGACGCACACCUUCUCCAACUCCCUGGAGACACUAUUGGUGGCCUGGGGACUGGUGUUGAUUCGGCGCAUUGUGGAAAAUAAGCGACGCUCGUCCUUCUUCUCCCACGCUGUUCUCGCCUUCAUCGCCGUCGCGGGCGUCUUCAACCGCAUCACCUUCCCAGCUUUCCUCCUCAUUCCAGGCCUACAAUUGCUUCCUCAUUUCCAGCGCAAACCCACCUCCCUUGUGGCAUUCGUCGCCUUCGGUUUGCUCUUCUCCGCCAUAGCAGUCGUCACGGACACGGCCUUCUACCGGCCGACGUCAAGCCUGCUCGAGAAUCUCCGCAACCCCAUCAUCACCCCGCUCAACAACCUUCUUUACAACAGCGACACCUCAAACCUGGCCCAGCACGGCCUUCACCCCCACCACCAACACUUCACAGCCAACCUCUUCCAGCUCCUCGGUCCAGCCUAUGUAAUCAUGCUCCUCUCCAUCUUCAAAAAACCGAUGCACAACAUCCGCGCCCUAUCCGCCCUCUCAGCAACAACCCUCCUCUCCCUCUUCCCCCAUCAGGAGCCUCGGUUCCUCCUCCCCUGCGUCCCCCUCCUCCUAAGCUGCAUUCAGAUCAAAAAGCCCCUCGUUCUAGCAACCUGGGUCAUUUUCAACGCUGCCAUGGGCUUCCUCAUGGGCGUCUACCACCAAGGCGGCGUGGUUCCCGUCCAACUCGCAAUUCCAGAUAUCUGCCCCUCCCAAGCCACAGUCUUCUGGUGGAAGACCUACUCCCCGCCCCUCUGGCUCUUGGGCGAAAAUCCUCUGAUCACGACUCGCGAUCUGAUGGGCUCCCCUGGGGCGGAGCUAAUGCACCAUCUCGACCUCUCUGUGCCUGCAUGCGGUGUGAACUCAUCCACAUACCUCGUUGCGCCUACAUCGGCAGAAUUCCUAGAUGCAUACGUCGGGAAGGAGACGAGUCUUCACCUUCAGUUGCUGUGGUCGUAUCGCAAUCACCUUAACUUGGAUGAUUUGGAUUUUGGGGAAGAUGGCGUCCUGCCAACGCUGAAACGUGUCGUCGGUAGACGUGGAUUGGGUGUUUGGGCUGUUGAACGGUCUUGUGAAUAG